CGCGCAGGAGAAGAGCGGCGUAGCCACCCGCCACCACCGUCCUCCUCAUAUGAGCAUGUCCAAAGCUUGCCGCCGCGCGCAUGCAACCGCACCUCGCAAGGCACGGCGAGAAGCUCCGGACAGCAGCUAGCUUGCUUGUGAUGGCGGCAUCGUCGUCCUUGCCUUGACACCUUGGCCAAACCAGACAUGCGAGCCUCCGUCGUCUCCGCGUCUUCCGCGGCACCUUGCGUGCCGUGCUUGCACGGCCAUGGCAACGGCAGGGCGGUCGCCGCCGCCUACGCCGUGGCGGCGUGCCUUGUGGCGGUGACCUUCUUGGCGCUCGCUGCCUUGGACCCCAGGACGCAAGCUUCCGGCUGGUUCUUGUCGUCGUCGUCAUCUUCGUCUCCGUCUUCCUCCAUCGCUUCUUUCUCCUCCUUGCAGCCGAGCGGAGGUGGCGGUGCCGCUGAGCACCUCCUGGUCACCUCCAGCUCCUACUCCGACGGCGGCGGGGAUGGCGGCCGCAGGAACAGCACUGGCAAGGAGGUGCACGAGCAGUUGCAGGAGGUUGGUGGUGACGACCUCCUGCUGUCCUUGAUCAGCCCCAGCUCUGGCCACGCCGCGCCUCAGCUCUCUGUCACGCCGCCGGCCACCGCAACGGAACGGGAACCGACGCCGGCCGCACUGGCUCCGGCUCCAGCUCCAGCGACGGAGAAUUCAGAUGAUGUGAUCCACCAAGUGCAGAGGAGAAGGGAUGUCAAAUUGGAGCGACUAGAACUCGGUCUGGCGAAAGCUCGGUCGGCGAUAAUGGAAGCUAUCAAGAACAAAGACAAGAGGCCUCCGUUGUCCGACAAAGAUUAUGUGCCGAUGGGGCCGAUCUACAGGAAUGCAUAUGCGUUUCACAGGAGCUACCUGGAAAUGGAGAAGCUGUUCAAGGUGUACGUGUACGAGGAAGGCGAGCCGCCGGUGUUCCACGACGGGCCGUGCCGCAGCAUAUACUCGACGGAGGGCAGGUUCAUCUACUCCAUGGAGAUGGAGAGCCGGCUGCGGACCAGGGACCCGGACCGCGCCCACGCCUUCUUCCUCCCCUUCAGCGUCGUCAAGAUGGUGAAGAUGAUCUACGAGCCCAACUCGCACGACAUGGGUCCGCUCAAGCGCACCAUCUCCGACUACAUCGGCGUGCUCUCCACCAAGUACCCGUACUGGAACCGCAGCCUCGGCGCCGACCACUUCAUGCUCUCCUGCCAUGACUGGGGGCCGUACGUGUCGUCGGCGAACGGCCACCUCUUCGGCAACUCCAUCCGGGUGCUGUGCAACGCCAACACGUCGGAGGGCUUCAACCCGGCCAAGGACGUGUCCCUGCCGGAGAUCAACCUCCGCAGCGACGUCGUGGACCGGCAGGUGGGCGGCCCCUCGGCGUCGCGCCGCCCGAUCCUGGCCUUCUUCGCCGGCGGCAACCACGGGCCCGUCCGGCCGGCGCUGCUGGCGCACUGGAAGGGGAAGGGGGAACCCGACGUGCAGGUGAGCGAGUACCUGCCCCGCGGCGUGUCGUACUCGGACAUGAUGCGGCGGAGCCGCUUCUGCCUGUGCCCCGGCGGGUACGAGGUGGCGUCGCCGCGGCUGGCGGAGGCCAUCUACCUGGAGUGCGUGCCCGUCGUGGUGGACGACGGCGAGUACGCGCUGCCGUUCGCGGACGUGCUCAACUGGGACGCGUUCGCCGUGCGGCUCCGCGCCGCCGACAUCCCGCGGCUCCGGGAGGUGCUCGCCGCCGUGUCGCCGCGGCAGUACAUCCGGAUGCAGCGGCGGGUGCGGGCGGUGCGGCGGCACUUCAUGGUGCACGGCGGCGCGCCGCGGCGGUACGACGCGUUCCACAUGAUCCUGCACUCGGUCUGGCUCCGGAGGCUCAACGUCAGGAUCGCCGCGCAGGGCUAGCGCGCUGCUUCUCCUCGGAGGCUCGGAGCUUGGCACGCACCUGCUAACUGACAAAUGACGCGGUCGGUCUGAUUGCCUGUGUUAACACUGUGAUGAAGAGUAGUGAGUUCCUUGGGUUGCUGGUGUACAUUUUGAGUGGGGGUUGGAGGAAUCUUGGAGCUGCAUUUUGGAAAUGAAAUGGUUGGCAUCAAAAAAAAAAGAAAAGAGAAAUGGUUGGCAGUUUGUUUCAGUGCAACCUGCACACACAACUCUAUGGGGACGGUGCACUGUAAAGAAUCGGUGAAAGGGACGGUGUGGGCCAUGGUUUCUUGUAAGCUAGCAGUAGCAGGUCUCUGCUUCGGUCUAAGUAUUUGUUUCACUUCUCGGAGUAAACUUCUAACCUUCUUUGCUAUUGUUAUA